GUAGAGCUGCAGACUUGUCUGUGGAACCGUCGAAGAAACCUUAAACCGACUUCAUCAGAUCUGUUUCAAGUCUCAGCAGAGUCUUUGACAAACAGCGAUAUGGCUGCUGCCGGUCAUGUCCGAUCUGGAGAUCAGUUCCUGUGUUCCAUCUGUUUGGAUGUCUUCACUGAUCCAGUCGCAAUACAAUGUGGACACACCUUCUGCAAAUCCUGCAUCUCUGAACACUGGAGGGUUAGUGCCCCAUAUCAAUGUCCCAUGUGUAAAGAGGUUUUCAACACAAAACCUCAGCUGAAGAUCAACACAAUCAUCUCAGAGAUGGUGGCUCAGUUCAGACAUGAAGCUCAACAUGAACCAAACAUCUACAGCUCAGACCAACAAGCUGCCAAACCAGGAGAAGUUCCCUGUGAUGUCUGCUCUGAAACCAAACUGAAGGCCCUGAAGUCCUGCCUGGUGUGUCUGAUCUCCUACUGUCAGACCCAUCUAGAACCUCAUCUGACACGUUCAGCACUGAAAAGACAUCAGCUGAUCCACCCUGUGGAGAACCUGGAAGACAGGAUGUGUAGGAAACAUGACAAACCUCUGGAGCUGUUCUGUAAAACCGACCACACAUGUAUCUGUUACCACUGCACCUACUCAGACCACAAAAGUCAUGACAUUACUCCUCUGAAAGAUGAAUAUGAAGAACAGAAGCCAGAGCUGAAAAAGACAAAGGCUGAAAUUCAGCAGAUGAUCCAGGAGAGACGACUGAAGAUCCAGGAGAUCCAACGGUCAGUGGAGCUCAGUAAGAAUGCUGCAGACACAGAGACAGCAGAAGGUGUGGAGGUCUUUACUGCUCUGAUGGACUCUGUUCAGAGAAGUCUGGACCAGUUCAAAGAGAAGAUCCAAGAAAAGCAGAGGAGCACUGAGAAACAGGCUGAAGACUUCAUCAAAGAGCUGGAACAGGAAAUCUGUGAGCUGAAGAAGAGAAGCACUGAGGUGGAGCAGCUCUUAGGCUCUGAAGACCACCUCCACUUUGUCCAGAGGUUCACAUGUGUCAAAGCUGCUCCAUCCAUGAAGACCUGGACAAAGGUCAGCAUCCGUCCACCAUCAUAUGAGGGGAGUGUGGUGAGAGCUGUGUCUGAGCUGGAGGACAAACUCACAGAAGACAUGAAGAAGAAGAAGGCUAAAGCUGAGCUGAAGAGAGUCCAACAGUAUGAGGUGGAUGUGACUCUGGAUCCAGAUACAGCAGAUCCUUAUCUCAUCCUGUCUGAUGAUGGAAAACAGGUUCAUGAUGGUGGUGUAAAGAAGAACCUUCCAGAUAAACCACAGAGAUUCACUAUUUAUUGCAAUGUUUUUGGAAAGCAGAGUUUCUCUUCAGGCAGGUUUUACUUUGAGGUUCAGGUUAAAGGAAAGACUGCCUGGACUUUAGGAGUGGCCAGAGAGUCCAUCAACAGGAAAGGAAAGAACACACUGAGUCCUCAGAACGGAUACUGGACCAUCAGGUUGAGAAAUGGAAAUGAGUACAAAGCUCCUGCUGAUCCUUCUGUCCUUCUGUCUGUGAAGUCUGGUCUUCAGAAGGUGGGGGUGUUUGUGGAUUAUGAGGAGGGUCUGGUCUCCUUUUAUGACGUAGAUUCUUCAGUUCUCAUCUACUCCUUCACUGGCUGCUGCUUCAGUGAUAAACUCCUCCCAUUCUUCAGUCCAUGUAACAAUGCUGGAGGUAAAAACUUUGCUCCUCUGAUCAUCACUCCUGUCAACACUGAGUAAUAAACUCAUCAAAUGUACAGAUUUUCUCUGAUUUACUGGAGUCACUAAACUUAGUGAUGAUGUAAACUGUUUGAACGUGUAUGAAUCUGUAUCCAAAUGCACUUAAAUACUAACAUUUGUAGUGAUAAUAAUCCUGGUUUGACAGAUUCUGAUGUCUGUGAUUGAAUCCAAUGAUAAUGAUGGUGUUUUAAUUUUAACUUGAAUUCAAAUGUUGGGAUUGUGAAUGUGUUUCCAAGAUGUGAUGGAUUUUAUACAUUUAAAUGAUAGAAGUGUUCAGGAGAAUUCAAUAUUCAAUAAUAACAGUAAAGAUUCCGUUCAUCAGCUUCAAUAAAUACAGUCAUAUACUGUCUUCAUUUGAAAUGAGAAAAACCAUGAAAUAUUAAAUGUUUGCUGAGUUGUUUUCUAUUUGUUUGGAGACAAACACACGUAAUUAUUGCAAACACUGUAAUUAUUUUCACAUUAGCUCAGACGGAGGUUAUACCAUAAUAUUUAAGACCAAAUAUAUUGAAAUGAUUCAUCAUUUAUUCAAAUAUGUUCAGAUUUUCUUUUUUUUCCAAUAUAUAUUUAUUGUUUUUUUUUGUUGUUGUUGUUUAUAGAAAAGAAAGAGACAACAAACAGAACAGAACAGAACAUUCCGGCACAAAGCAGAAGGAGGUGGAAAACUCAGUCAGUCAAUUAAAAAAAAAAAAAAAAACUAUGACAGCAAUAUGAGUUCACAUUAUUCCUCUAUGGAAAAGGGCUGAAAUGUCCAGACCAAUAUAUGACAUAAAGGGGUUCCAAGUUUUAUGGAACACUUCAUCUUUGCUGUGUAACAGACUGGUUAAAUAGUCCAGGGAUAUAUAUUCAAGUACUGUCUGAUGCCAUUGAGUUUUAGUAGGUACUUUAUCUGUGAUCCAAUUCAAAAGAAUACAUUUCCUCACACAAAAUGUGAACAUCCUAUAGAGUUGUCUUUUAUAUUUUCAGAUAAUUGUGACAUCUGUCAUUUCCAAGCAACAUGGUCAAUGGAUUACAUUCAGUAGUAACAGAAACAGAUAAUAUUUUAUCCAGUUCACAUUUAACAACAUGCCAAAAAUGUGGAAUUUUCCUACAGGACCAAUAACAAUGAGUAAGGGUGCCCACGUCAAUUUUACAUUUGGGAAAAUAUGUUCUGAUUAAAUUUGCUGAAGUUGAAAUCCACUCAAUCCAUUUGAUAAAUCACAAACCUUCGACUUAUUUGGAUGAUUCUGUUCAAAUAUCUGAACAAUGUAUUUAUAUAUAAACUAUGAAGACACAGAUGGAAAUAUUCACAUUAUUUCCUCUGUUAAAUGUAAAACUUCAAUAAGUAUAUUAAACUGUAAACAGAC